AUGGGUCUAAUGUCACUUGAAGGCACCAUCAAAGAUCGGGCAAAGAAGAGCAGCAACGCUCACUUCAUGUUGAUUGAUGGAAUGUCUAAGCUAAUGUCUGAACAUUUUAAAAGGUGUGAUUCAUUGGAUUUCUAUGCUUCUGAUCUCAAAUGGAAGUUGAUUGUCCGCUCAGAUACGGUAAAGGGUAGCAUAUCAUUUUAUCUAUGGAUCACUGAUAGCCGGUGUGUCGGGCCUAAUUGGGAAGUCACAUGCAGUUUCAAACUCAGCCUAGUCUCUCAGACAGGACAUGAUUUAUGCAAACCGUUUACGUUCGCUUUCAAUGCAAAACAAGAUUCUUGGGGGCAUAACAACUUCAUCACACACGAGGUGUUGAAGAAGGAUGGGUUUCUUGUGAACGAUAGAACGGUUUUCAGUGCUGAGAUCACCGAAGUCAAACCAAAGUUCCUCCAUGUUAACGGUGUCUCUAGAAACAUGGGGACAGCGGAACGCCUUAAACUGACGGAGGUGUCUCGGAACAACUCUAAAUUCACCUGGAAGAUCUCUGAGUUUUCCUCCUUCAAUGGUGAACAUCAUUCGUCUCACGAGUUCACUGUUGGACCACGGAUAUGGUACCUAGUGAUGUACCCAAAAGGAAUCUCGGAUGGGGCAGGAAAUUCGAUAUCUUUGUUUUUGCAUGUGUCUGAUUACGUGACCGAUGUUCCAAAGGAAGCAACAACAGCCAUCUAUAAACUGCGAGUGUUGGACCAACGUCCCAAACGCAACCACCGUGAAUUUAGAGCCGAAUGUCGGUUUUCCUCCAAUAGCCGCCACUGGGGCUUCUCUAAGAUGCUGCCGCUGGAGGAACUCUACAAUGCUUCAAACGGGUAUCUGGUGAACGAUGAGCUUUAUGUUGGUGUUGAGUUCUUAUUCCUCUCCACUAGCGAGUACCUCUGA